GAUGGAUAAUUCAAUCCAAGGUAUAAGAUCUGACAUACAAGGACUCAAUGCUUACAUUCAGGAGAUACUUCUGUACAUCAGAAAAGAUGGAUGUUCUUGUCAAUGUGGAAACUCUAAACAACAAAACAUCACAGAUGUUGUAAUUCUUCAUGCAGAAGAUGAUAGACUACUAGCCUUAGAUUUCAUGAAUAAUAUGGAAGCAGAAUUCCCAGAAUUAAAACUAAAUUUGAAGAUAUUUGAGCAGUUGAAUGUAGGCAAAAGUAUGUUUGAAUCAGCAUCACUUCUGUUUGAAACCUGCAGAUUCCUAUUUGUGUUAUUGACACACAAAUUUGCAAGGGAUGACCUACCAAGAUUUUUGAAUGAGAUUGCAUUGGUUGAGACCAUAACAUUUAAAGACAGAAACUGCAGGUUAAUACAAGUUCUUAUAGAUGGCGACUGUCGUGCUCCAGAAUUAGGUCCAAUAAUUCCUUUGAUGUAUAAUAGAUAUUUGGAGGCCAAAUCGCGAGGCAUUAGGGAUCGUGGAUUUAUAAAUAGUUUUGAGAAAUUGGUGAAAAACGGUAGAAAGAAUUACUUGACAAGCUAGCAUACUGUUGUGAUGAAUUUUUAUUAAUGUGAAUUGUGCAACUGAAAGAGUAUUGCAAUAUUAAGAACUUGCAUUAUGAUAUCUGAUACAUAUAAAUGUACUUAACACUCAAUAUUUGAUCUUGUAUUAAAUUUAUUCUUCACAAUUUGAACUUCUAUAUACAGGCAAUUAUUUCUGAAUUAGCAAUAUUUAAUUUAAAAUUGUUGAAUGAGAUUUUAGCCAAGGAAACAUUGGUUAAUUUUUCCCCAUAUCUUUUCUUUUUUCUUUUUUAUAUUUCGAAUAAUCAUAAAUUCUACUUUAAUAAGAAGUAAAGAUUUUUGAAAUUUGUUUAUGUUUUAUUGUUGAGCUGUACUUGGAAUGUAUAAGCUAUUUUUCAAUUUCGAUCUUUGGUUGCUAAUCUAUAUCAUAAAUCAUAAUUUAUUUCUGUUAGCUGCUUUGCAACAAUCAUUUGUCAAGGUAAAAUAUAGCUUGCUUCUAUUUGUUAGCAAGAGUUAUAUUUCUUUUUGUUCAAUGUAUAUUAUUGAAGUAAUACAUGUAAGUUAUAAGUUGAAUAUAAACUAUAUUUGUAUUUGCAUUUGUAAAUAAUGUUCAAGAGGGCAUGAUUUAACUAUCAAACCAUAGACAAUCAAGUAUAUUUCCAUAUAAAGAAAUGAUAUCUAGACUUGAUAUAUGUUCAAAUCAUUUGUAUUUUGAAUUUAAAUGCGUUUUCUUGUCUAAAAUAGUUGGAUUUUGUGACAUACUUUACCUACCAAAAAAAUCAUUAGGGCUUGAAUUUACAGUUAUUAUACCUCAUGUUGGCACUUAAAAGUCAAAUAAUUUUAAAUGGGCAUCCAGGGCAUGGUGAAAGACGGCAACUCUUUUGGAUAGAAGAGCUAAAGUGAGGGCAAAUAUUUCUUGUUCCUGUUAUUAAAUACACUGUUGAUUACUAGUAUAUUAACUUUUAAGAUUAAAAAAAGAAACUAAAUUAAUGACAUGAAUAUUCAUUUAUAAUAACACUCUAAGUUCAUGUAGAAAGGUACGGAAGAAGUUAUAUAAAU